ACGUGGAGGGUUGAAUUUCGUGAUUACUGAGUAUUUCUGAGUAUUUCAAAUUUCGAACUGCAAUAUAUCAUUCCCACAAAUUCCAAACAUCCCAAAUCCCCCAAAAUCAAUGGCGAAAGAAACCCUAAUUUCUCACACCCAACGACUAAUAUUCCUCCGCCCCUCACCCUCAAAUUCCGAUUCCGAUGAGUUUUCUAAUCGAAACUCAAAGACCCAGCUCCUCGUUGACUACAAUUCCAAUUCUGCAACAAUUCCGGAAAAUGCUGGAGCCGGUAACGAAGAUCUGGACACCACUUUCCGGCGCCUUCAUCUUCGGGAGCGUACUGGCCCCCACUUCUUGUCCCGGGCGGUUGACGAGGAGGUUGAGCUGAAUUUCAUUUCUCCAGGCAAGGAAUAUGUUGAUUCAAUGGUUAAGACUGUCUCUGACUUUAAGAACUCAAUUGAAGGUUUUAAAAUGUUAGGAUUUCAUUCGUGCAAUGGGUUAGUGGCAAUUGCUCUAAAAAAUCAUUUUGGUGGUGUAUUUUUUUAUGUGUAUAAUCCGACUACUUGUCACCGUAGGCUUCUGCCCCAGCUCUAUGCUCGGGUCACUUACUUUCCCAAACGAUCUGCCAAGUAUGACUGCCCUAUGAUUUGCCCACAAGCUAGUGAUUUGUUUGUGGAUUUGAAUAUUGCAUAUGAUCCUUUGAAAUCUGAUAAUUAUAGGGUGGUGUACGUUUGGUAUGAUGAUUGGUGGUUUAGGGUAGCCAUUUAUGCAUCCGAGACUGGGGAUUGGCUGGAUGCCAACUGUAAUCUUGAUUACUAUUCGGAUAUUAUUGAUUGGAAAGGAAUAUUAUGGAAUGGAGAUCUUCAUUGGGUUUCUUCAAAGUGGUUCACUAUAUGUCUUGAUAUCGAAAAUGGUUGUGAGAAGCAUAUUCCGGCUAUACUUCCCAAGGUUGCAGUUUGUAUUCCUGAAGAUCCACAAUCCCUUAAAUCCUGGCCUGAAAUUAUCUUUUUUGGUGUGUCGGGUGGAGAUCUAUGUCUUAUCGGGCUAAAGGAGCCUAAAUCAUUUCUUUUUGAUGUUUUUGUGAUGGAAUUGGAUUAUUCAUGUUGGAAUGUGAAAUAUUGCCUGGACCUUUCUCCUCUAGGUACUCUAUAUCCACUGAUGGUAUGUGAGGAGAAUGAUCCUCAUAAUGAAUGGUUCCGUUGUAAACUUUCUGUGCUAUGUUGUGCCGAUGAGAAAGGGGAAGAGCCUGAAUUGCUGAUAUCACUCCCUGGUAAAAUUGUGUCUUUUGACACGAAAGCCAUUCUUGUGAAAGAAAUUGCUGAUGUAGCUCCAGAGACUACUGUAAAUCGGCUGAAGGAUCUAUCCAGAUUCAAAUGGUCAGAUGCAUUUUAACAUGUAGAGACUCUAGCUUCUGUAUAAGUUCUGAUUAUGUACUACUUGCUGCUUUCUGUUUAUGUAGUAUGAUAAUUUCUGUGGGUCUCAGGGUAGGGAGUUGUUGUGUAUGUUGGUAUCAGCUUUCAUUAAAAGGCAUGAGAUUUUUGUUUUCCGCUGUCUUUUGCCUCAUGUGCAUGAACAUUGACUUUGAUUAGAAUAUCCCAGUUUCUCUACUCUGUUGCACUUGGAACUGGUAAGGAAAACCUCUCUUGAACGAUGCUCUGUAUUGUACGGUGGCUACAAGUUAUUCUUGUCUAGUUGUUGGUUAUUACUUAUGAGUGGUGAUCAAAGUUAAAUCUCUGUAUGUACGUGAUUACUCUAACCCGUUAUUAUCAUAUCAUGCAUUUUUAGAACUUAUCUUUGGAUACAUUGGUUCCGGGAAAAGAUGAAUGAAAGGUUUGAAAUUUGAUUAUCGAUCGUUAUACUUGAAUUCGGUCCCUCUUUCCAAGCAACGGUGAAUCUAAGUGCCGAGUUCUUCUUUCUCGGCAUACAUUCGCUCUGACUUGUGAUUAAAACCUUUAUCAUGUCCUUGUAUCAUGAAUUUUGAAGACUCAAUGAUGUGGUGGCAUACUGGCAUUUCAGUUGAUUAUAUUGUAUGGACUUGUGUCUUUCUUCGGGCGCGGGUGAAGAACAAACUGAAACAUUUCAUAUAUACACCCUGUUUAUAACAGGGGAAUACUGUAUAGUUAAUGUUUGUUUGGUUAAAAAUAAAAACAAUCAAAUAAAAAUUGCUAAGCUAAGAUGCAAGCAGCUCAACUCAAGGGUCAAGCUGCAAUGGUUGAAUAAUGAAGCCUGC